CUUGAAGGUCGGGGUCGAGCCGCAAUUUCCCGGCGUGACGGUUCUGACCUGAGCCGGGCCGCGGGGCUUUGGGAGGGCUCGCUCUGCCUCCAGCGGCGCGCAGGGCUCAGGGAGAGGGGGGUGCUUACAGCUCUGUGACGUGCUGUCUGUGGCAUCCCAAAGCACGGGUUUGGGGUCCCUCCUCGGGCGGCCUGAAGCGAUCCCGGGGAGAUCCUCCUGCCGCUCGGCCCGCUUUCUCCGCUCCUGCUUCCUGCCAAGCCCGAACCGAAGCAGGCUCGGUCCCAUAGGUAGGACUUAGGACGCAGCCUUCACGUUGUAGCAGCAACUUAAGAACUUCAAGAUGACAGGAAGAGAGUUUCUUGAACUAGAUUCUCCACAGCAAAGACUAAUUUUGGAAAGAUUUAAGCGGAUGGAAAUCAUACAAAAGAUGUUCAAUGAGCUUCCUAAAGCAGAUCAGAACCUUUGUAAUCAUGGACAGUACUUCCUAGCAGCAAAUUCCAGCUUAUGUGGUUUAGCAGCAAAUAAUUUCUUCAGGAGCAUCCUACAUGUCAGAAAGGCUUCCCUGGUGUCUGCUAUUCCAAUGGCUGUUAUUCCAUUUCUUUCAACAGCAGCAAUUUAUGAAGCUUUUGUGCAUGACCCUUUAUUUUCAGGUCAGCUGAACUGUGAGGUCUGUGCUGUGAUCAGAGGAGGAUUAGUAGGUGCUGUUGUGGGUGGUUUCUAUCCCAUUUUCCUGGCUAUCCCCUUGAAUGGAAGCCUUGCAGCCAGGUAUAUGUCAACUCCUUUGCCAGGAAAAGAAAAUCUGUUACGCUACUGGCUCACAACUUCUCAGCCUGUCUUUAGAAAGAUGAGUCUGGGUAUACUGGUACAGGCUCUGACGGGAUUAUAUCUUGCCACAAAACAGCAUGGAAUAUAUAUCAAAAUGCUGCUGCAGAUGAGCAGUAGCAGGGAUCCUGAAGAGCUACCUGAAUGAAGUAAAGCAACUUUUCAAUUGCCUUGGAUAAGUAACCAUAAUAAACAAGAAAAGAAG